UCUCUCACUUUACUCACCCUUUCCUAAACCCCGCUGUGAGGGGAAAGAUAAGAGAAGUCGGCGACGGGUUCCUCAAAUCCGAGCCAAUGUCGGCGACGGGUUCGGGAGAUGUACGGUCGGGGACGGUGGACACGACGGCCCCCUUCGAGUCGGUGAAGGAGGCCGUCCAUCGCUUCGAGGCCACGUGGCGGCCGCAGCCGCCUCCGAUCCUCCUCCGCCCCGAGGAGAUCGAACUGAUGAAAGUGGAAGAACAAACCGUGAAGCUAGAGAUGGAUCUUUUCGUGAAGGAAAGGGAAACACUGAAGGUGUUGAAAGAACUAGAAAUGACAAAAAGGAUCGCCGACGACUUAAAGUUACAACUACAAAAGUUAACAUCUGAAUCUCCAUCUGCGACGAAGGUACAUCCUAUUCCAAACACCGAAGAAGAACGCCCCGUGAAUAGCAAUAAACAUUUUGAAGUAUUCCCUCGAAAUACCGGCGGCAAACAGUCUCCUGGGAAAACUCUGAUGGGAUUAGAGCAGGCAAAGGCGAACCUAAGCAGGACGACAAGCGGCCUAUCUGGAGUUCGAACAACAAUUGAAUCCUUGAAAAUGAAAAUAGAGAAAGAGAAGUCAUUGCGCGCAAAAACAGAUGAGAGGCUACAUUUAAAUAGAGCUACAGCUGCGUCCUUGGAACAAAUGCUAGGUAGAUACAUCGCCGAAUUGCGACUAAAGAGUGGCCCGAAAACUAUAAGCACUCAAAGUGCAUCGGAGGUUUGGGCUCGGAUCAGACAACUGAAUUCUGAGAAAGAGAAUUAUGUAAGAACGAUGGAAAACCAUAAAUCGGAUAUCUGUAAUUUGACUGCCGAGAUUGAACAGACGAAGUCGAGAAUAAAGACGGCGGAAGUGCGGCUAAUCCUGGCCAAGAAGAUGAAGGAGGCAUCGAAAGUUGCGGAAGCAAUUGCGCUUAGAGAAAUCAGAUCUCUAAGAGAGAAAUCAGAAACAGAUCCUUCCGAAGUGACACUCCCUGUUAAAGAUUACGCCACUCUGACCUUGAGAGCCCGAGAAGCCGACGAAAUUUCUAAAAAGAUAGUCGGUGCGGCAACGCUUGAAGUAGAGAGAGCGAAGCAAUCUAAGCUUGAGCUAGUGGAGAAGGUCGAGGGAGUAGAAGCAGAAGUUUCAACCGGAAGGAAAGCACUAGAAGAAGCGCUGAAGAGAGAAGAGGCUGCUAACGAAGUGAAGCUCGAAGCCGAAGAAGCACUCCGCAGAAUGCGGUCCGAACUUGGUCAGCAACGGCGGUCCGUUCACAGCUCCACCAAGUUCAAGAACUCCGCGGGGACGCAAAGAAGAGGAGGUUCUCAAAUGCUCGAUGUCAACGGGCUGAGUUUGGCGACGAGCGGGCCGCUGACUGUUUUGGGCUCGACGUUGUCGAUCGGGCAAAUACUUAGGAAGAAGCUGAUGGCUCCCGAAGAGCACAAAGUGCGAAUGAGCGCGAAAGGGAAUGGGAAGCCCAGGGUGUCUCUCGCGCAAAUUCUAGCCCAGAAGCACGAACUUUACUCGCCGCCGAGGAUAGACGACGGCAGCGCUCGCAAGCAUUUCUUCGCGAGGAGGAGGAAGUUUAGUUUCGCCGGUCUGGCAUUGCUGCUGGCGAAGCAGAAAAGGAGAAAGAGGAAGCAUGAUUUGAACUCUUAAGGUGGCCGGCGUGCGCCGAGAUUGCGACGUAGUUUAGUUUCACUUAGGUGGUUAGUGUAGAACUAGUAACUAUGUAAAUAAGCUAUAAAAGAACCAUAGUUCCUGGAGAAUGAUAUUUGCCUUGUAUUAUAAGUUAUUGUUUUAAAAUUUGCCUAUAACUGAUGCAUAA